CGUGACCCGGAGCUUUGUUACGUCUUCGCCUACUCACCUGGCCGCGGGCGCGUCCUGGCCGCUGCAGCCCGGAGCGGAGUGUCAGCCGCUGCCGCCGCCGCUGCCGCCAUGGUGUCCCCGGUCACUGUGGUGAAGAGUGAGGGACCCAAGCUGGUGCCCUUCUUCAAGGCCACCUGCGUGUAUUUUGUGCUCUGGCUGCCCUCGUCCAGUCCAUCGUGGGUCAGCGCCCUCAUCAAGUGCCUGCCCAUCUUCUGCCUCUGGCUCUUCCUUCUGGCCCAUGGCCUAGGAUUCCUGCUGACCCAUCCCAGUGCCACCCGCAUCUUUGCGGGGCUCGUCUUCUCUGCUCUAGGUGAUGCCUUCCUCAUCUGGCAGGACCAGGGUUACUUUAUGCACGGUCUGCUGAUGUUUGCUGUGACCCACGUGCUCUACGCCUCGGCCUUUGGCAUGCGGCCAUUGGCUCUUCGGACAGGCCUGGUGAUGGCAGUGCUGUCAGGCCUGUGCUAUGCUCUCCUCUACCCAUGCCUCUCAGGUGCCUUCACUUAUCUUGUGGGGAUCUAUGUGGCCCUCAUCGGCUUCAUGGGCUGGCGGGCUGUGGCAGGACUCCGGCUGGUCGGGGCAGCCUGGCGCUGGACCGAGCUGGCAGCAGGCAGUGGUGCGCUGCUCUUUAUCAUCUCAGACCUGACCAUCGCCCUCAGCAAGUUCUGCUUCCCGGUGCCCUACGCACGGGCACUCAUCAUGUCUACCUACUAUGCUGCCCAGAUGUUCAUCGCCCUGUCUGCCGUUGAGAGCCGGGAGCCAGUGGAAGACUACAGACAGACCAAGGCCAACUGAAGGGCCAGGGUCUGGUUACCCCUCUCUCCUUCUGGGGCAGGGGUCCAGAACCUGCAAGAACUGGGUCAGGAUGGUUGUAGGCCUAAGCUGGAGGAGCAGAUACCACCUGGAAAACGUACAAGUUUGAGGGGGUAAGCAGGAAAAGGAUCUCUCUAGCAAAGCUCGUGGUCUGGAACAAUUCUGAGAGCCAAAAAGAGCCAGCCUAAUUCUCCUUGAGUCGGGGCCGGAAUUAGACCUCUCCCCACCUCUAACCCCACCGGGACUGUCGAAGCCCCUCUGGAGGGUGAUGGUGCUCCAUGUCUUGACCUCCCCCCACUUCUACUAGAUGGAAGAGUCUGACUUACACAUUCCCGCUCUUUCUCAUCUGUACAGAGUUGAGGGAAGAGAGAAGUUUGAGAUGAGAUGACCCAAGUCCAGGGCUUGAAGCCCCUUUUGCAGGCCCCUAGUUGGGAAGAUUGGAUGAGGAUGGAGUCUCCCUUUCCUUCAUCUAUCCUUGUUACUUGAAUAAUCUCCAUUUCUAAGUAUUGGGUGGGAAGGUGUAGGGGCGUCUUGUUGAGGUAGGUGAGACUGGGGACUUCAUUGGCCUGGGAGCUUGGGUGACCAAGGAUUUAAAUUGGUCCCAUCUCUCUCAGGGGCUAGCCCAGAGUGCAGGCCCACCACCACCACCCUUAGACCCUGUCCCCAGGGCUAGAGUGAACCAUGCCAAAGGAAGGGGCCAGCCUUUAUGUAUGUACGUGAGUCUAUGUGUAUGUGGUCUGUCUCCCAGCCUGUCUUACUGUGCCAUCUGUCUCUGUUCUGCUGUCUAAGUCUUAUAGGGAGAGGGCCUCAGGGAGUUGCUGAGUGGGUGCUGAGCCUGGCUUAGAGAGCUGGGACCCUACCCUGCCUCCAUCAGUGCUUUUCUAUCUGCCCCUUCUGCACUGGGAGCCAGAGGAGGGGGCUCCAAUGACAUUCUAGGGUCAUAAGACCUAAGGCACAUUCAAUGCAAAAGGAGCAAGGAUGGGACAACUCCAUCCUUUGCUGCUCAUGUGAAAAAAAAAAAUAAAAACCAAGGGCCAUUGGCUGUCCUCUUG